AUGUCUGCAGUUGAACGUUCAGCGGCCCGCUGUGAUCACCGUCCUACUGAGAGAGCUCAGUAUAUCUCUGAGACUCACAAGGACAAAGAAAAUCACCAGCACCAGCAGGUCAAUAAGGCCCAUGAAUGUCAAGAGAAGGCUCGUCAGAAGGCAAGCAAGGCUGCUGAAUACGAAGCUUACAAGAACAAUACUGGAUGCACUCAAGUCUCCGCAGUGCUGUUGAGUGAAGAUCCUGGUGUAUGUUUUUUACAAGUCAAACUGGACCCAAACUUGGUUGCAUGGAAAAGUACAGUGCCACUCGCACCACACCAGGUCACAUUGAACAAGACUCCACAUCUCAACACAUUGACACCAGAAAAAGCUGCUGAGCUGUUGUGUCUGCAUGAGGCUGUGCUGGCCAAACAAGAAAUGAGUCCAGUUGCGGCAUUGUCUCGAGGUGGUCCCCACCCUAGUUCAGGCCUCAACAAUACUAUAACUCGCUCUCCUAGCCCAACUGACGAGGCCUUAUUCGACGAAGCUAUUGAAGGGUUGGGGUAUAAAUCAAACCAUCAAAACAGCGGUGUCACAUGA